UAGACUAUUUUUUUUUUUUUUUCGAUUCGAUGCUGAAAAAUCGCGUCCGUUAUUGUACUCUCGUCGCUCGUUGCCGCUUGUGCCGUCGAGAGACUAACGCAGCACAGCAUAGCAGACUCGAUCUGCACGAGGCCGCGUGUGUGGCUUUUUAAUACACAUAUUAGUGCGCGCGGAUAUUAUUGUGUGCGUGUGGGGACCGCGACGUUCGCUAUAAAACUGUUCGAUCUUCCGAAACUUGCGUCAGUUUCGUCUCUGAACUCUGAGAUCUCAGCAGCAGCAGCAGCACCACCACCAGUAGUAGUACCCAACAGUAGCGCAGCUGUUGUUUUGUAUAGAUACCCAGAGCUGUUUUUUUCCAUUUGGAGGUAGACACACACACGGUUUACAUUUAAAUUAAACACAUCAUCAUGGAAACGACGGCGAACUCGACGACGCGCGAGGUGUUCCACACUCGUUCGCUGGGCACGGCGGCGGCCGGCGUCAAGGACCAGUACGCCGACGGGAUCGCCGCCAAGGUCUGGGAGGUCUUCAUCGGCGAUCGCAAGCAGCGCAAGCAGAACUACAAGGACUUCCUCGUGAGUCUGCUGCGUAACAAGGGGGUGCGUCGCGUGCUCGACGUGGCCUGCGGCACCGGGGUCGACUCCAUCAUGCUGCUCGAGGAGGGCUUCGAGGUGGUGAGCGUCGACGCCUCGGACAAGAUGCUGAAGCACGCCCUGAAGACCAGGUGGGAGAGGCGCAAGGAGAAGUCCUUCGACGAGUGGAUUAUCGAGGAGGCCAAUUGGCUGACGCUGUCGGACGACAUAAGCGGCUUGAUCGGCGACGGCUUCGACGCCGUGAUAUGUCUAGGCAACAGUUUCGCCCACAUGCUGGACUCUUACGGCGAUCAGCGCGAGCAGAGACAAGCUCUGUCGAAUUUCGAGCGCUGCGUCAAGCCCGGCGGUCUCUUGCUGAUAGACCACCGAAAUUACGACUACGUUAUUGAGACUGGUCAAUGCCCCACACAGUGCAUUUAUUACAACAGUAAACACCUCCAGAGCAUCGUGACGUCGGUCCUGUACACGGCGGGCGCCCCGGCCCUCGUCACCCUCGACUACAAGAUCAGCCUGAACGGCGUCGACAGGCGCGACAGCCCCAAGAAGCAUCAGCAGCAGGACCAAGUGAGCCAGUUCAGGCUGUCGUAUUAUCCGCACAAGCUCGAGGUGUUCUCGGCCUUCCUCAAGGCCGCCUUUCACAAUCGCGCCAAGCACACGAUCUUCGCCGACUUCAAGCCCCUGGAGCAGGCCAAGGACCCGGGCUUCUACAUACACGUGCUGGAGAAGGCCAAGACGAAAUGAUAAUUUUUUUUAAGACGUUGAUAAUUUUAAGCGACAAAACAAAAAUUAGUUUAUUUAUAAAUACUUCGUAAUUUACUCGCACUAUGGAUUACGUCGUUCGCAUACGUAAUAUAAUAUAUAUUUCUCUCUCUUAUCGUGCGGAUCCUUGAACCGAGUUAUUGUUAUUUGUUGCGCUGUACAGGAUUCGGGUUGUGAGAUGCAAACAUAUUUUGUACGAUAUAUUUUAUAUAGAUAUAUACAAAUAAAACAAAGCAAAAAACUAGUUUUUCAAUAA